AUGCCACCCAAAACCAAAGCUGCUGUACGAAAAGCCGACAGCAAACCUACAAACGGUGCUGUCCAAAAGAGAUCGACGCGUGGUAAGCAGACGAAACCUGCCGAAACGAAAAAGAAUGUCGAGACCACCAAAAAGGGGAAGGCUGCCAAAGAACAAAAAGUAGAAGAGGAAAAGGAGGAGGACGUUAAAGAACAGUCCGCCGACGAGGACGCUGCUGACGAAGAAGUGAUGACCGAAGAGCAGGAAGAAGCCUUGCGCAAGGAAAUUCUUGGUGACAUGGCAAGCGACGACGAUGAAAGCGAUAGUGAUAACGAUGAUCAGGAAGCUUCUACCGACGCAUUCAAAAGCUCAGAGGAUGUCGUUUCCCUUGAUCCCGAGCAAGUCAAGAAAAGCAAAGAAGAGACUAAAGCCGAAUUUGACAAGAAGAAAAAGGCACCAGUCAAAACUGUAAGUAAUGCGCUGUUUGGUGUCAUUUACCUCGGCAGAAUACCCCAUGGUUUUUAUGAGGAUGAAAUGAAGGGUUACUUUAGCCAGUUUGGCAAGGUGACUAGACUUCGAUUAGCCCGCAACAAGCAUGGACAGUCCAAGCACUACGGUUUUAUCGAAUUUCAGUCAGCACAGGUUGCCGAGAUUGUUGCCGAAACGAUGGAUAACUAUUUGCUGCUUGGUCACUUGUUACAAUGCAAGGUUUUGCCGAAGGAGAGCGUACAUGAAAACCUUUUCAAAUUUUCAUCAAGACGUUUCCGCAAGGCCAACGCCUCGCUCAUUCAACAAAAGAAACACAACCAAAAGCGGUCGUUAGACAAGCAUCAAAAGCGUAUCGCCAACUUGGUCAAGGCUGAGAAUGAGCGAAGGAAGAAGAUCAAAGAUCUCGGCAUCGACUAUGAUUUCCCUGGUUACGUAAGUUUGCCUAGCCUUUCUUAA